AUGAUGAAGGCUGCAACGAUUGGUCGCUCUUCAGAGUUUGGGGGAGGUUGGGAACCCCCUGGCAUGGUGUCGCGCAAGAUUGCGGCACUGCUGACUUCUGGAGGUCGACGUGCAGAUGACAAUAGCCAGCAGGUUUCUGAGAAUGUCAAGGCUGCAAUGGAAAACCUGAAAGUGCACGAGGAGCUUGCAGAGAAGACCGCAGCAUCAAAGCCACCUGUGCCGAGAGAGGAGAAAGGCAAGGUACCGCGCAUCUCCUCCAUGCCAGUGUUGUCCCUGUCUCAGGAUCCCACAGAGAGACGUGGAGAGACAACUGACAGAAUGAAGGUCAGUAGGAUUUCAGCCAUGUAUGCCCCACGUGGCUAUGUCACCCAGGCCGUGUGGCACAGUCCACAGCCACAGCUUGGAGCCACGGCCUGGUCCCGACCUGGGGAUGCUUCGCCCCCUGCCACUGCUCGCCUGGGGCCCUCGGGGCCCUUGGGGCCCUCGGGGCCCUCGGGGCCCUCGGGGCACUCCACCCCACCAGCUUCGGCGCGAGUGGUGACCGUGACGCCGCGAUGUGAGCUGAUCAGCUCCGUGGGCCCGGUCAGCCCAGUGGCCCCCGUGGGCUCGGGUCGCACCCUGUUGCAGACCUUGCAGCCAGGGCAUGUGAAUGGAAGGGUGGGUAAAGUUGUUUGGAAGACACCAGAGCAGGCGCACAAGGAGAUUCCGCAAAUCAAAAGUCCCGAGAUCCGUCUACCAGGUGAAGGCCGUUUGCUUCAAACAGCUCAAACCAUACAGACCACAGUUGUUGAGCCACCUCCCAAAGUGCAAUCCCCUUCAUCUUCUUGGCCAAGCAUGCCAGCUCCACAACCCGACCUGGCUCACUUGGCAUCGGUGGCAGCAGCGUCCUUAAGUGACACCUCAAGGACAGCCAAAGCGCCAGUGGAAGCCGUUUCAAUUCCACUGUCGCAGGUGGCUGCAGCAAAGUUGCCAUCUUCAGAAUCUUCCAUGUUGCGGGUUCUCUCCCCAAGUUGGGCAGGAGCACAAAGCACUGACACUGGUGAUGCACCUUCUCCUGAAGAGCUGCCUCCCUGGAGGCCCAGCAAAGUGAUUCCUCCCUUGGCGGAGCUGGAGGUGCCCCAAGUGCCUCAGUCCAUGUCUGAGUCGCCUGAAGCCAGGGAGAUUUGCUGGACCCCAUCCUUCAAAUCCUUGGUGGCUUGGCCCAGCCAUGAGUGCGAAGAGUUGGUUCACCAAGAGGUGCCAAAGGACCAAGGCCCUGAAAGCCCUGAGAGCCCUGAGAGCCCUGAAGGCCCUGAAGGCGCUGAAGGCCCUGAAGGCCCUGAAGGCCUUGGGCCUCAGCAAUCAGAGGAGCUGCCGGGAUCGACAGAUGCAAAGCCUAGUCGGAUUUCCAUGGCACCCACCGUGCAUGAUGCAGUUUGUGAGGAUGGCCUUCACUCAGAGGAGGAAAAGGAGGAAAGAUAUGCUGAGAUAGAAGAUGUUGAGCAGGCUCAGGAGUCACAGGCUACAGACAGCACUGAUGUCAAUGAGGCAGUACUCAGAGAAGUUUCUGAACUCCGUGCAGCACUUCAGAAAGAACGGGCAGAGAAAGAUGAAAUCGCGGCCUUGCAACAGCAAACAGCAGAGAAGCUCAACAGUUGUGAGGCAGAAAUGGCCCAGAUGGAGCAGGAGCUCAAAAAGUCGCGGGCAGAACGCGAUGCCUUGCGACGUCGACUUCAAGAGACUGCAGAGCAGCACGUGGAGCUCACGAAGAGGCUUCGUAAGCAACAGGAGCUUAGCAAGGCAUUGGACAAGGACCUGAACAAGGCUGAGGAAAAACGCCGAGAGCUUCAGAACAAGUUUGAACAGUUCCGCUUGGAGAUGGACCAGGCACAGAGUGCACUCAGUGAGUUGGAUUCCAGUGGUUCGCUUCAGAAUAGUCCAGAGAUGGUUCUUGAGCCCUCAGAAACCUUGGAGAUGGAGGAGGAAUUGCCCACAGCUGGUGGAUUGUUGCGGGAAUGGGCCACAGUGUACCAGGAGCAUCAGGACCCAGGUGGUGAAUCCAUGGCGCGAUUGCAGAAGCCUGGGCUGGUUGGACCACCACUGGGUCCACCACUCUCGACCAGCCGCAGCUGGGAGGCGGAGGCACCCAAGGUGGAUAGCACCUCAGGGGGCACCCAAAUAGCACAAGGCCUCCAAGGCCUCCAAGGCCUCCAAGGCCUCCAAGGCCUCCAAGGCCUCCAAGGUCAAGUGCCUCAGACACCCCAGGGUGGCUUGUCCAUGCGUGAUCUCUCCGAGAUCAAAGCUCUGAAGAAACCACCACCCCCAGUGCGAAUGCUCAUGGAGGUUUGUUGUGUCUUAUUUCAUAUCGAACCUGUGAAGUCCUUUGAUGAAAGGGCGCGAAAACGAAUUGACUACUGGGAGCCUGCACGGCGGUACUUGCUGUCAGAUCCCUUCUUGCUUUCCAAGCUGCGAUCCAAGUCAGACAUAGAGCCUGCGCAACGCGCAAAGAUCCAGAAGUAUUUCAAGGAUCCCAAUUUCACUUCAGAGCGUGUCUUGAAGUGCUCAAAGGCCGCCUAUGAACUUUAUGCAUGUGUCUCUUCGCUGGCAAAGGGUCCACGCGAAGGGCUGGAGUUGGAGCAAUCAAGACGAGUGCCAGCGGCGCAGCGAGUGCGGGCCAUGAGAGUACUAGAGCAGCAACCAGAUCCAUCGAAGAAUUCCACCGUGCACUGGGUACCGAAGGAGCCCUCACUGGCGCGAGACAGCCUCCAGCUUGCACUUUUGGCGCUGCAAGGGAAUUCAGAGUUUCGCCGACUUCAAGACAGUAGCGCUUAUUUGAGUUACAAUGCAAUGAUCAAGAAGCAGAACCUUGACAUCACAGAGGUGAUGAUGCGCGAUGCCAUGAUGGGCAAAGCAGCUAUGAUGGGGCCUGGCUGGGAUCCUCCUGGCGUCGUCUCCCGGAAGAUUGCAGAGAUCCUCACGCAGAAGUGA